AACCUCACGCUAAUGAUCAGGAAUACUAUAAUAAGACACUACUCGAGUAUUACUGCCACUCCUGUCAUAUCUUCCACUGUAUUAUUGGCCAGGAAUCCGGUGAUCACUAGGGACUUGCCCGCGUUCGAAAAGCUGUAUUAUAAGUACCAGAAUGAACUAUGGAAACGAUUGAUGUGGACUUUUCCAAAAUGGUUCUACUACAGAGGGGGAACCUUGGGAGACCACCGGUUCAAGGAAUUGAAUAAGCCACCUGUGUAUAACAACCCAACCAUGGAGUUUACCGAUGGAAGACCAGAAAUCAGACAGCUGAGAGAUAGAAGAUUCAAGCAAGAACUUAGAUUACCUAAAACUUAUAAGCAGGCUGAAGAUGGAAGUGAAAUUGUAGAUGAAUAUUCGUCAGACAGUUUAUCUCGGAAGAUCAAUCCCAACUCCCGAGUCACUCAGGCGGAUGAGAAAAACGAUACGACUAGUUUAGAGAGAAAAUUGAGUCGCUCCUUAUACUUGGUGAUAAGUGAAGACAACAAGACCUGGACAUUUCCCAACUUCGCUGUGAGUCAAGAACAUGAGAUCCCAUUGCACAAAGUGGCUGAAGACGGAAUUUACAACCUUGGUGGCCAAGGGUUGAACUAUUAUAAUGUUUCGAGUAAACCAUGUCACGUGAUCUCAUCUUCUGACAAUAACGAAUUUUUCAUCAAGUCCCAGAUAGUGUCAGGCCAGUUCAAACCAGCAUCCAGCACCGUAAAAUUUAUGUGGUUGGCCAAAGAAGAGUUGCCAAAAUACUUGAACAAUGACUAUUAUAACGAAAUUCAACAUCUAUUAAAUGAUAUUUAAAGCUUUUUUCACAUAGACUUUUGUACAUAGCCAAAUAUAAUUUAAAUAUCUU